ACCCAGAUUAUGCACUAGACGGCGUGCCAUAGUAUAUGACCUCUCGACCAGGACCGCUGCGACAACAGGUAUUUCGGACACGAGUCUUUGAAAGGACGCCAACACAGAUAAGUAUGUCAGCUGCGCCGGUCUGGUACAAGCUGUACGGUGGGAAACGCGCACAGUUGCUUUCAGUAUGUUCGAAGAUUCUUACAAGGCAGACGAUCCAUACCUCUUCCACCAGAGGAAAACCAGCAACAUCCGGUUCAACCAACACUUCCGGGCAGGACAUGCCCAGAAAACUAUCUGUUGGUGUUAUUGGAGCAGGGAGGAUUGCAACGUCUGUCCAUCUGCGCAACAUUCUGCAACAUGUCCGCUUAGACCUGAAGUGGAUCAUUGAAAAUGAUGUGGCGAGGCAACGCUUUGUGCGAGACGAACUCAUGUUAGGAGACGAAUUUCCUUUCUUCACGUCCAGCGACAGAUUCAAGCUGCUGGAUGAUAAAAGCCUGGAUGCAGUAUUUGUACUGACACCUGUCGACACUCACACCGAGUAUUCCUGUGAUGCCUUACAGAGAGGGAAGCCCGUGUUUGUUGAGAAGCCGACAGGUGUGAACUACACUGAUGUAAAACAUGGUUACGACACUGCUGAGAAAUACCAGACACCUCUCCUCACUGGCUUCAUGAGGCGGUUUGAUCCAGCAGUGGAGGCAACAGUGCAUGCCGUACAGCAAGGAGACAUAGGCAACGUCCAUGUAAUGACGCUGGUCACGCGGGACUCGCCACGCCCAUCCUAUGAGUAUCUCACAAAAUGUGCAAAGAGUGGCUGCAACAUCUACUCUGAUCUCUGUCCGCACGACAUUGACUUGAUGGUGUGGCUGACAAAGGCCGAACGUCCCGAGAGCAUCUACGUGACCGGUCACGCCCAUGACCCCGUGAUGAAGGAGUGCGGGGAGGCUGAUACUGUCACUGCCGUCCUCAAGUACAGGACCGGCAUCAUGGCAUCCAUCCACAAUGUCCUUGAUUCGGUGUAUGGAUAUGAUAUUAGGUUUGAGGUGUUUGGUUCAGGAGGCAUGGCACAGAUGGCCAACCCACGCUUGUCGAGUGCCACGCUGGAGCUGAACAGUGGUUUGAGAAGCCCUCGUCUCUGUACUUCCUUUCCAGAUAGGUUCAGGACAGCCUUUCAAAAUGAACUGCAACACUUUAUAAACUGCAUCGAUGGCACGGAAUCUCCCCUCAUUACGAAAGAAGAAUGCCUGAUGACAACAGAGAUUGUGGAUCGAGGGAUUCAGUCGUUUAAAGAAGGAGGUGUAGUCAGAUUCCAAUAAUGCAGAGAGGCUCAAUCUGUGUAUUAAACAACACAGGACCUAUGGUUCUUUUAAGCAGACUCACCCAACGCCAAAAUAUUUUGAGAGCCGUCUUCUGGCUCUAAGCAUUAUUUUCAGUGGAGUUUAGUCUAAUCAUAUAGCCUUCUAUUAGCAGAGUUUACUAGCCCGAACAGAAUUUUACAAGACUCGGGUUUCGGACUAGUGGCUAGUGUCGCAGAUUCCUAGAAACUCCGUGAACUGUCUAACAUUUAGAAGAUAAAUACUAUGUGUGUGUCUAUUUCCGGGAUUUUAUCGAGUAUUUGCAUCUUGGAAAUUCAUCUCGAGACCCGAAAGUGUUAGCUUGAGGGGCUCGAAUGAAAAUUUCCAAGAUGCAAAUACUCGAUAAAAUCCCGGAAAUAGACACACACAUAGUAUUUAUCGAUAUUGUAAAGCUAUUGUUUUAUUUAGAAAAAAAACAUGCGCACUCUUUAACACCUCGUACUUACUCGGUUGUGAGGCGUCAACAUCGAACGUUCUGUUGCUGCUAUGGUGAUUGUGAUUUUGGUAAUAACGUAAUGAGACCGGUAAUGAGACGCAACUACCAUCACGUAUAUUUCAGCUGCGAUACCUACAUCCUUGAAUUCCUCAUACAUUUUAGAAUCAAAUUCUAAAUGGUCUUUGUCACCAAUACAAAUCGUCUAGAUGUAAUGAAGCAAAAUAAAUGAGGUGUGAAAACGAACGCUGAAAAAAUUGCACUUGGAAAAGUAAACAAAGCCAUUCGUCUGUUCGUUGAGUACAUUGGCUCGAGAUCUGCAUUUUCAGAAUGUACACGGGAAGAGAAUCGUUGGAAGAAUUAGGGAAUUAAACAUAUAUACGGAUACGUUGCAAUAAUUUGAUAUUUUCAACAAAACCUGUCGAAGUUCCCGUCCUAAGUGACGCUAUGACUGACGCAAAAUCACGCACAACGACAACGGUAUUUAUCAGAAGUUCUGACUAUUUUCGUUGGUUUCAAUGAAAAAUACAACAACAGAAAACAGUACACAGGUUGUCAGAAUGUUGUCAGAAUGUUGUCAACAUAUUUGUUGUACAUAUGUGGUAAUUUCUCUGAGGUGAAGGUCCUUGAAUGAAAGUACACACGAUCAUUGUUAACUGCUUUUUACUCUUUCAUGAUGUAGAUCUUGCAUAUCUUUUGUACAUUUUUUUCACAUAAUUAAUUUCACUUUGGAUAUUAAUCAAUGUUCAAUAUGAUAUCAUACGUAGAUAUAGGCCACAACAUAUAUGAACGUUUGAUCAUCUCCUGUUUGUUUGAACAAUGUUCACAUAUGAAGUUGAUAAGUUUAUAGUGUCGUAUACCAUAUUUCUUUAAUUUGAACAAGUGUCCAUGUGACAGGUACAUUUACAUUUCAUCUUUUAUGUAUUUCUAGGGAGUGUAAUAGUCAAUAUUAUACGUUCAUAUAAACAGUGUCCAUGAAUAGCCGUUUCAUUUUAUUUUAUAACUAAAACUGACGAUAUAACUUAACCAAAAUCGAUAUUAUUUUUCGCUAAAUUAUAUGCACACGUUUCUUGAAGAAUUGGCUUGGUCUUGGAAUUUUUUUUAUGCCGUUUGAUAUACAGAACAGUGAUUCGCCAGGAGCGCGUUAGUCGCU